AUGUGUGGUAUACUCUUUUCUGUAACUACGCCGGAUAAGCCAAUAAAUCAGGAUGUAUGGAACACUUUGCAAGAGUUGAAUACAAGAAGAGGUCCUGAUGCACAGAAUUUGGAGUGUGUACAGUUGGAAACUGAAGGAUCUCGAACACUAUUGCUUCGAUUCUUCUCAACUGUUCUCCACUUGAGAGGGACUGAAAUUAGCCCUCAACCAAAAUAUAAUAAGGACAGCGGUAAUAUUCUUUGUUGGAAUGGUGAAAUUUUUGGUGGGAUCGAAGUUGGUCAAGAAGAAAACGACACGAACGUCUUGAUGAAUCACUUAGAGAAUGCAAAAAAUGAAAAGGACAUCUUGAAUAUCCUUCAAAGCAUAGAGGGGCCUUUUGCUUUUGUUUACUAUAGAGCAGCCAUGAAAAAGAUAUACUUUGGGCGGGAUUGUUUAGGCCGCAGAUCAUUAUUAUGGCAUCGAUCAGCUGAUGGUCAUUUUAUAUUAAGUUCAGUUUGCAUGGUUCCUAAAAAAGAUUCUCCAGAAGAGAACAAUGCAUGGGAAGAAGUACCAGCAAAUGGUUUUUAUCGCAUCGAUUUGAGCAACGUUGAUCCUCCUCUUGAAUUACCCACAGUAUGCAGACUUUCACUAAGCUUAAUACCUUGGAAGUAUGCAGCAGAGGAUCUGGACGCCAAAGAUACAGAAAGUACAAUCCUUCCAAGCAUGAGUAUUGAGAUGGAACAAAAGGUGAAUGAAUUUGUAUCAGUCCUUGGUGAUGCCGUAAAGAGAAGGGUGGCGGAUAUACCAUACUUAAACACGAAAGGACAGCCAAGAGUAGCUAUUCUAUUUUCCGGAGGUUUAGAUUGUAUAUGUUUAGCAGCUUUGGCAGAUCAAUAUUUACCAUCGUUGGAGGCGAUUGAUUUGUUAAACGUAGCUUUCGAGAAUCCCCGAGCUGAACAAGCCAAGUCGAGUGCACAAAAACAAUCUAAAAGCAAAAAGAAGAAAAACAAUAAAAAUGAUCACACGGCUGAUUCGUUGCAUAUGGAUGAACCUAUCAAUAACAUAUAUGAUACGCCUGAUCGAUUGACUGGAAGAGCAAGCGUCGAAGAGUUAAGGCGUAUAGCUCCGCAUCGUCUAUGGAACUUUGUAGAGAUCAAUGUGCCCUACAGUGAAGCCUUGGAAUACCGACAACGAAUAAUUGACCGGAUGUAUCCGUUGGACACCGUCAUGGAUUUGAGUAUCGCGAUGGCAUUUUGGUUUGCAUCAAGAGGAAGAGGUAAUCUUUCCAACAUGCAUAUAAACUACAAAAAUUUAGUAAAACAAAUAGUACCUACACUAAUAUAUGCUGUAAAGGAAUACGAAAGUCAUUCUCGAGUUUUAAUCUCUGGGCUCGGUGCGGAUGAACAAUUAGGUGGUUAUUCUAGGCAUAGAGAGGCUUUCAGACAUGGCGGCUGGAACCGUCUAAUAGAAGAAGUUCAGUUAGAUAUCGAUAGAAUAUCGACACGAAAUUUAGGCAGAGACGAUCGUAUCAUGUCUGACCAUGGUAAAGAAGUCCGUUUCCCCUUUUUAAGCACCAGCGUCGUAGAUUGGUUAUGUCGUCAGCCAAUUUAUAUAAAGAUGGAUUUAAGGUAUAACAGAGGACUGGGUGAAAAGCUUUUAUUGAGGCAUGUUGCUCGUCAGUUAGGGUUAAUAAAUGCAAGUCGCAAUUGGAAGAGAGCUAUACAGUUCGGCGCUAAGACAGCAAAGAUGACGGGUGAGGCACGAUCUGAGAAAGGUCAGCACAAAUUAUCUGUAGCUUCAACAACAUCAUAA